AUGAAACUUGCUGGGGCGGCGCGCUUCGAUGGGCCAUGCGAUCACAAGCCACUGAAACACAGUGCGGCAGCAGGUUUUGUUUCCGCGGCCGCGUCGCGAAGGACCACAUUGGAGCGGAGCAGCCUCGGCGCAGGCUUCUACUGCUUACUAUUCGCAUUGUCAGAAAAUGUAAAGGUGGGAAAUUUGUUGCUACGGCUAUACACUGCCUCUCUUAUGUUAGCAUAA